AUGGCGCGCGCUGCUUCGGGAGCGGAGACCCUCAGCGAGGUAGAGGAGAAAGCCCUCAAAGAGUUGCAGUCGCUCCUGAAGCUGAAUUUCAGCUACAUCGAGCCACUGAGCCAGGGUCCAGCCGAAAUUCUGCCUCAUCUGCUUCUCGGCUCUCGCGACGACGCCGUAGACGUUCAGACGCUGCAGCGGCUCGGUGUCACGCACGUGCUCAACUGCGCUGCGGCGACGGUCCGAACAGGUGCCGACUUCUACGCUCCUGCCGGCAUGAAGUACACGGAAUUCGUAGCCCAGGAUGAGCAGGGCUAUAACAUCAUGCAGCACUAUGACCUCCUUGCAGGUCUAGCAAACGAAGCUGCUGCCAGCAAGGGCCGCCUGUUCGUACACUGCGAGGCCGGUGUCAACAGGUCUGGCUCACUGUGCUUGGCCUACCACGCGGCCACCUCUGGCCUGUCCCUCCUACAGAGCGCGCGGCACUGCAAGGUGCUGGAGGACGCUGUCCUACGCUUGAGGAGUCGGGUAUACAUAGCAGACAACCUGGUGCACAAAGCCUCCAUGGCCAUGUGUGAUUCGGCCCUGGAUGGGCCGCACUGCCGACCUGGACAGCAAGCAGACCUCGUGGCUGAGUCAGGGGAUGUUCCCGCUGGCAGGUCGGCGCUCGUCACCGAUGGGAUUUUUUCCACCCGACUGCUUGCGACGGCAGAUGGUGGCGAGAUGCUUGAUGAGUAUUUCCUGGGGGCCAGCCUGAAGGCAGCCAGCAAGCUGCGGCACUCCAAGGCAGAGCCCCUCGAGGAGCAGGGCCCAAAGCAGGCGCCCGCCGGAAAACGCGGUGGGCGCUCGGCUCUGCUGACGUUCCGGGGGCUGAAGCCUUGGCAGGACCGCUUGCCCGAGAACUUUGCGGGGACUCGGCGGCUUGGUGGCGGCGUGCCUUUCCAGGUCGAGUGGGAGGGUCCCUGGAGUUUGGUGGAAAACGACGAGUUCGAGAACGAUGCCGUGAAGCGCCACCGCUUUGCAGCCCGACUGGUGGGCGCCGUCGGCCGCAUUCGCUUCCGCCGCCCUGUUAGCAUCCAGUCCGUAGACCUCCGGCGGCCGAAGUCCUGCAGAGUGCCGUUCGGCAUGCCCCUGGUGGUGAAGGGGCGCCGGAGGGGAGUGGAGGUGUUUCAGGAGGUCGUGCCGAAGUGGGACCUGCACACCUUUGUGAACGGGGUGGCCUUCUUUGCCUUGACCUCCACAGAUGUGGUGGACGAGCUGGUGUUCCAGGAGUGCAUCCUCAUAGGAGCCAUCCAGCUUACCUUUGGCUUCGACUUAAACACAGUCUUCAGUGACCAGCUCCCGGAUCCCCAGAACGAGAUACCCAUGUUCUUGACCCUUCGGGAGGGCUGGCAUGCCUAUGGCUGGGACGAGAUCGAGUUCCGGAUCCCGUCGGAUGUGGACACUGCGCCGGUGUGGCACCUCAACGACGUGGCCUCGCAGCGCCUGUCGCUGCGACCGGGGGUCUUUGAGCUCCCGGCGCGCACGUCGCGGGAGGCUGCCCUCCCAGGGCUCAUGGACCCCAUCUCCUCAGAGGAGGAGGAGGGUUUAGGGUUGAGGGUUUAG